CGAAUCUCUUACUUCUCAUUCUUCUUCUAAGCGAACUUGCAAAAAAGGAGGGGGAAAUGGCUAGCCCUACUGCUACUACGCUUUGCUUCCUCGUCGUCGGCGUGCUUGCGCUUCUGGCAAGCCCUGCUCUAGCAGAGUUCGAUUGCGAGCCCAAGGGUCCGAGCUUUUGCGCGGCCAGGUCGACGGUGGGGGACGACCGGCUGCAGGCGGCGCUGGACUACGCGUGCGGCCACGGCGCCGACUGCAGCGCCAUCCAGCCCGGGGCGCCAUGCUUCGACCCGAACACCAAGACCGCGCACGCCUCCUACGCCUUCAACGACUACUACCAGCGCCACGGCCGCACCCCGUCCGCCUGCGACUUCGCCGGUGCCGGCUUCAUCGUCCACACCGGACCCGAGCCAGAUAUAUGCGAGCAUAUCAGGUUCAAGUCCCUGAUCUGCAUGAGGUGGGCGUGCAAGCUGGAGUGCGUGGACAAUAACCCCACCAAGAUCAUCGAGGGUGCCUACUGUACUCACAAGAAGGGCCUCCGCUAUUGCAACUGUAAAGUGUGUGUCAAGGCUCCACCUGCUCAUGUAUAGUUCGAAUUCGGUGUGUGGCCUGUCACACUUUUCCGAUUUUAGGUAGUCGUUCUGCUGUCCCAACAGUCUCGUUGGAUUAGAAUUUUGUUUUCUUUGUGAUAAACUUAGGUAGCGAUUCUGUUUGGAAGGACAGGCUAGCUAGCUUGGAUAAUAAAAUUUCCAUUUUCUAGAAUGCAAGACAAGUACAUACUACUCAUAGAUGCAUAAUCAUCAAGUCAGAAUAUUUCCAAUGUA